AUGACCUGCAGCUUUUUCCUACAGUGCGAUAGGACAGACGGUCUCUCCCUCUUUGACCUCACCUCUGGUGCCUCUCCUGCCCCUGCUGCUGAUGCUGACGCCACUGUUCGCUCACAGUGGGCCACACGCGAUGCUGCUGCACGUCUUGCUGUGCGUCGCCACCUGCCUACCUCUGAGCGUGCGCACUUUAGUCAGUACAAGAGUGCUCAGACCUUGUACGACGCUGUAGUUGCACGCUACUCCUCCCCUGCCACUGCUGCACUGAGCCGCCUCAUGCUACCGUACCUCUUCCCUGACCUUGCUGCCUUUCCCACUGUCGCUGACCUCAUUACGCACCUCCGCACUAGUGACACUCGCUACCGCGCUGCGCUUCCUGCUGAGGACCACUUCCUCUCAGUUUGCCCCACCACUCUCACCGUUGUCCUCCUCGAGAAGGCCCUCCUAGCAGCAGAAAAGAGCAUAGUAGCUGUAGGAGCCUCUCGUGGUGACCCUCGCACCCCCAUCUUUGAGGGGUGUUCCCCCUCCCCCCUUUUGCCCUCUGUUGCCUCUGCUGCUGCGGCCGACCUCGUUGGGCUUGAAUCGGACGGUGCUGCGUCUACCCCUAGCGGGAGACGCCGCCCUCGCAAGGGCAAGGGGGGCAGGGGCGCUGGAGGAGCUAGCGGGGGCGGUGGAGGUGGCGGUGGAGGCGAUGGAGGGGGUGGGGGUGGCGGUGGGGGUGGUGGCGGGGGUGGAGGUGCCGAUGGCGGCAGUGGAAGCGGAGGCGGCGGCGGCGGUGGCGGUGGGAGCGGAGGUGGCGGAGGUGGCGGCGAUGGAGGAGGCGGUGGCGGUGGAGGUGGAGCUGGUCGUGGUGGCGCUGCGCAGAGGGUCGGCUCCGGUGGUGGUCAGCGCCAGCAGCAGCAGCAGCGCACUCGUGACAUCCCCCCCCCUCAGCAGCUCCGUGAGUGGUACAUUGCACGCCAGCGGGGUGGGGGUACUGGUCCGUGCACCUACGUCCUACGCACCGGCGACCGCGCAGGUGAGCGGUGCGGAGGUGCGCACUCCACCCAGCGUUGCUUUGGCCUCUUGACGGACGCUUGGCGUCACCAGUUCCCGGAGGCCACUGAGAUCCCCCGCUGGGGCGAGCUUUCUAGGGCGGGAGUAGCUGUCUUUGACCUUGACUUUGAUGCUAUUCUUGCUGCCAUGUAUGCUGUGACUAUUAGUGAUGAGGGUGACUGUUACCGGUGUUUUCCGCCCGACCCGGGCAUUUAG